AUGGCGUCCAACAUGGACCGGGAGAUGAUCCUGGCGGAUUUUCAGGCAUGUACUGGCAUUGAAAACAUUGAUGAAGCUAUUACAUUGCUUGAACAAAAUAAUUGGGACUUAGUGGCAGCUAUCAAUGGUGUAAUACCCCAGGAAAAUGGCAUUCUACAAAGUGACUAUGGAAGUGAUACUAUAUCAGGACCUGCAUUUGAUCCAGCAAGUCACCCAGCUCCAGCUCCAGCUCCUGCUCCCUCUUCCUCCUCGGCAUUUCGACCUGUACUGCCAAUUAGACAAAUUGUAGAAAGACAACCUCGGAUGCUGGACUUCAGGGUUGAAUACAGAGACAGAAAUGUUGAUGUGGUACUUGAAGACAGCUGUACUGUUGGAGAGAUUAAACAGAUUCUAGAAAAUGAACUCCAGAUACCUGUGUCUAAAAUGCUGUUAAAAGGCUGGAAGACUGGAGAUGUGGAAGACAGUACGGUCUUAAAAUCGCUACAUUUGCCAAAAAACAACUGUCUCUAUGUUCUUACACCAGACUUACCACCACCUUCAUCAUCUAGUCAUUCUAGUGCCCUGCAGGAGUCAUUAAAUCAAAACUUCAUGCUGAUCAUCACCCACCGAGAAGUCCAGCGGGAGUAUAACCUGAACUUCUCAGGAAGCAGUACCAUUCAAGAGGUAAAAAGAAAUGUAUAUGACCUUACAAGUAUCCCCGUACGCCAUCAGUUAUGGGAGGGUUGGCCAGCUUCUGCCACAGAUGAUUCAAUGUGUCUUGCUGAAUCCGGGCUCUCUUAUCCCUGCCAUCGACUGACAGUGGGAAGGAGAUCUUCACCUACACAGACCCGGGAGCAGUCCGAGGAGCAAAGCACCGAUGUUCAUAUGGUUAGCGAUAGUGAUGGAGAUGACUUCGAAGAUGCUCCUGAAUUUGGGGUGGAUGAUGGAGAAGUAUUCGGCAUGGCGUCAACUGCCCUGAGAAAAUCUCCAAUGAUGCCAGAAAACGCAGAAAAUGAAGGAGAUGCCUUAUUACAAUUUACAGCAGAGUUUUCCUCAAGAUAUGGAGACUGCCAUCCUGUAUUUUUUAUUGGUUCAUUAGAAGCUGCUUUUCAAGAGGCCUUCUAUGUGAAAGCCCGAGAUAGAAAGCUUCUUGCUAUCUACCUCCACCACGAUGAAAGUGUAUUAACCAACGUGUUCUGCUCACAGAUGCUAUGUGCUGAGUCUGUUGUCUCUUACCUGAGUCAAAAUUAUAUAACCUGGGCUUGGGAUCUGACAAGGGACGCCAAUAGAGCAAGAUUCCUGACCAUGUGCAAUAGACACUUUGGCAGUGUUGUUGCACAAACUAUUCGGACUCAAAAAACAGACCAGUUUCCACUUUUUCUGAUUAUUAUGGGAAAGCGAUCAUCUAAUGAAGUAUUAAAUGUGAUACAAGGUAACACAACAGUGGAUGAAUUAAUGAUGAGACUCAUAGCAGCAAUGGAAAUCUUUUCAGCCCAACAACAAGAGGAUAUAAAGGAUGAGGAUGAACGUGAAGCAAGAGAAAAUGUGAAGAGAGAGCAAGAUGAGGCCUAUCGCCUUUCACUCGAGGCUGACAGAGCAAAAAGGGAAGCUCAUGAGAGAGAGAUGGCAGAACAGUCUCGUUUGGAGCAGAUUCGAAAAGAACAAGAAGAGGAACGUGAGGCCAUUCGGCUCUCCUUAGAGCAGGCCCUGCCUCCAGAGCCAAAAGAAGAUGCUGAGCCCGUGAGCAAACUGCGGAUUCGUACCCCCAGCGGAGAGUUCCUCGAGAGGCGUUUUCUGGCCAGCAAUAAGCUCCAGAUUGUCUUUGAUUUUGUAACUUCCAAAGGAUUUCCAUGGAAUGAGUUCAAGUUACUGAGUACCUUUCCUAGGAGAGACAUAACCCAGCUGGACCCAAAUAAAUCAUUGUUGGAGGUAAAGUUGUUCCCUCAAGAAACCCUUUUUCUUGAAGCGAAAGAGUAA